AUGCUUGCCAAACGUGGUGCUCAAUCCGCCAGUAUAAGACACCUAUCUACUACCACCACCCUCCUCAACCAACAACAACAACAACAACAACAACAACAACAACCAACUCCAUCUCCCAACAACAAGCCCCAGAAAAAGACCUACACCAAAAAUGAUAUAAAAUACGGCCCGCUUUCCCCGGCACAACAAGCAUACCUCGACCGUGUCAUCAGAGUAGACCAAGCCGGCGAGCUAGGUGCCAAUUACAUCUACAAGGGCCAAUACCUCAUUCUCGCCAACAAAUACCCGCAUUUGAAGCCAGUUUUGCAACACAUGUGGGACCAGGAAAUACACCACCACGAUACAUUCAACAAGUUGCAAAGUGAGCGUCGUGUGCGUCCUUCGCUCUUGACACCGCUUUGGAAAUUGGGCGCGUUGGGGAUCGGUAUGGGCACGGCUUUGAUUAGCAAAGAAGCGGCUAUGGCGUGUACGGUUGCUGUGGAGACUGUGAUUGGUGGUCAUUAUAAUCAACAAUUACGGGUGUUGACGAAUCAGUACGGUGUGAAGUUGCAAGAUAAGGAGACGGGGGAAGUUGUUGAUAAGCUGGAUGUGGGUAAAGUUUCACAAGUUAGUGAGGAGUUGCAGAGUUUGAAGAAUCAGAUUAGUCAAUUUAGGGAUGAUGAGUUGGAGCAUUUGGAUACUGCUGUUGAACACGAUGCUAAGAAGGCGGUGCCUUAUAUUUUGUUGACUGAGGGGAUUAAGUUGAUUUGUAGAGGUGCUAUUUGGACUGCUGAGCGUGUAUGA